AUGGCCUUCCUUCAGCGAGUCUCGAGGAUUGCCCCAACCCUGCGCUCCCUUUCCGCGCAGCGUCCAGCAAUGUACUACAUCAGCGAGCGUUCCGUAACCUUCUCCGACAGGGAGAAGGGCGAGGAGCUUGUCCACUUCAGGAAAGAGGACGAGAAGUUGCUGCGCAAGCUCCUGGAGAAAGUGAAGGCUCAGGCUGACAAGGUGGAUACCAAAGAAGCUGAAGACCAUGCCCAGUCAGAACUCUCCAAGCUGAAGAGCAUCCUGGGGAAUUACAACGUGGCAGAGAAGGACCUCAAAGCGCUCAUGGAUUGGAAGCAUGAGGCAUGAUCACGGCAGGGGUUGAGGAGCUGCCAAUCAAUAGACAUGACCUGCAGUUGGAUCUGAACAAUCAUGGCAAAAUGGUGCUAUGCUGAUAUUAUCUGCCAGCCCUAUGUGAUGCCAGUGUGUCCUAAGUAGUCUGUACUUCUCUCUGUGAGGGUUAUGAUGAAGCUGCCUAGCACAAACGCUGUGUACUACCUAGUAGGAGUGUUCCAGUGGGUGGACCACAUGCAUCUGAGAAGCAUCGACAGAAGUGCAAAUGCGUGUAUAUGUAUUUCGAAUUGAGCUGAUUUUUAGGGUGCUUUGACGCAGCGCGAUUUUUGGGGAGUCUCAAGUAGCCACUUAAUGGGUGCAUCUGCC